UGCCACAUUGGAUGGCUGGCCCAUGCAUGGGCUGCCAAAAUGCCCAUUCACCCACUGCCCUGGUAUCUGUUCAUGUCCGUCCAGGUCCCAGAAGAGAAGCCCCUGAGGGCAGGCACCCGGUCUCAUCUGUGUUUACAUCCUAAGUGCGCAGGCUGGGCUCCGAUAAGUGCUGACUGGCCAAGGUCAGAGGGUGCCAGCUGGCUACGUCGUUGGGGAGCAGAGCCACAUGUCUUUCAAUCUGGUCUCCUAGAGAAGUGCUGAGAGGGGAGCAACAGCCAGAGAAGUCCCGGGGUCUGGUGACAGUGCUUGGUCCCAUCCAUGGGCCUGGGAGCCCCAUCUUGGAUUCUCUCCGACCUCCCAGCCCUUUUAAUCAAAAUCUUUUGGGCCGAAGAAAUUUGUAGCCACCAACUCUGCAGGAGAAAAUGUCGUCAGUGAAGAGUGGGCUGGCCUGGGCAUGCCUCUGGGCCAGCCUGGGCGUCUAUUCCAGAAUGCUGCCUCUGCCGAGGGAGGUCUGCCUGGCAGCACCAUCCCCACAUCCACAGCCUCAGACAAGUGCUCCCUUCCUGGGCCUGAUUUGGAGUAUCAGGUGGUAUCCUGAUUUGGAGUAUCAGGGGGUAUCCUGAUUUGGAGUAUCAGGGGGUAUCCUGAUUUGGAGUAUCAGCGGGUAUCCUGAUUUGGAGUAUCAGGGGGUAUCCUGAUUUGGAGUCAGAGACAUCCCCAAGGCUGUAAGUGGCGGGCGCCUGGCUGCAGAUGGUGACUCCUCCUGCCUCAGGAGUCAGGGAUACAGCAGCGCUGGGGGUGCCUGUGGCCACUGCCAGGCAGUGGGGCCAGAUCAGCUGCAUGCCUCUGUUUUGCUCUUUGGAAACUCCUGCAAGGUGUAGGGUUGUUCAGGUUUGGGGAUGGCAAAAGGAGAGCCAGAAUUUAGGAAUCCAAAUUAAUGGAUUCCUUUCAAAGUAAUUGCCCCGGUGAUGGUGUCACUGGGGAGCUGAUGUGCAAGACACAGAGAUUGGCCCCAGAGCAGAACCAUCCAACCCAUUCGUAUUCACAGGGCUUGACCUGAUGACCUUUGACAAUUCCACAAUACAAGGACAAAGAUUUGCUAUCUUUGGGGACAUGCAAAAGAAAGUGAGGGCUGGGAUAGUGGGUCAUGCAUGUAAUCUCAGUGCUUUGGGAGGAUAAGGUGGGAAGAUCGCUUGAGCCCAGGAGUUGGAGACCAGCCUGGGCAACAUAGUGAGACUGUCUCUGCAAGAAUAAAAAAUAAAUAGCUAGGCAUGGCAACACGCCGCUGUAUUUCUAGCUACUCAGGAGGCUGAGGCAGGAGGAUCACUUGAGCCCAGGAGAUUGAAGCUUCAGUGAGCUAUCAUUGCGCCACGGCACUCCAGCCUGGGUGACAGCGCAAGACCCUGUUUCAAAAACAAAAAACAAAACAAAACAAAGCAAGGCCGGGCACGGUGGCUCACACCUAUAAUCCCAGCACUUUGGGAGGCCAAGGCUGGCGGAUCUCUUGAGUCUGGAGUCCAGGAGUUGGAGACCACCCUGGGCAACAUAGUGGGACCCUGUCUUUACAAAAAAAUAAAAUAAAAUUUAAAAAGUAGCCAGGUGUGGUGGUGCAUGCCUGUACUUCCAGCUACUCUGGAGGCUGAGGUGGGAGGAUCACUUGAGCCCAGGAGGUCAAGGUUACAGUGAGCUGUGAUGGUGCCAUUGCACUCCAGCCUGGGCAACAGAGCAAGAUCCUGUCUCAGAAGAAAAAAAAAAACCCUAAACCCAAAACCCAAAUACCACCAGUUGAAUCCCUGGGGGAAAACUAAGUCCUCCAUUUAGCUUUGAGAUGGGACAACUCAGAGGUCACUUCAAAUAAUGCUCGGCUUGGCCUGCAGGACGCUCUGAGCCUCAGAUGUUUUCAAGUCAGCAAACAUUUACUGAGGAUCUACUAUGUACAAGAUGAACAUCUGCAACAAGCCCUCCAACAAGACGGCCCCUGAGAAGAGUGUGUGGACGGCACCGGCGCAGCCCAGCGGACCCUCCCCUGAGCUGCAGGGCCAGCGAUCCCGCCGGAAUGGGUGGAGCUGGCCCCCUCACCCGCUCCAGAUUGUGGCCUGGCUGCUGUACCUCUUCUUUGCUGUGAUCGGCUUUGGGAUCCUUGUUCCCCUCCUGCCUCACCACUGGGUGCCCGCUGGCUAUGCUUGCAUGGGCGCCAUCUUUGCUGGCCACCUUGUGGUGCACCUGACCGCCGUCUCCAUCGACCCAGCAGAUGCCAACGUGCGGGACAAGAGCUAUGUGGGGCCCCUGCCCAUCUUCAACCGAAGCCAGCACGCACAUGUCAUUGAAGACCUGCACUGCAACUUGUGCGACGUGGAUGUGAGCGCUCGCUCCAAGCACUGCAGCGCCUGCAACAAGUGCGUGUGCGGUUUCGACCACCACUGCAAGUGGCUCAACAACUGUGUGGGCGAGCGGAACUACCGGCUCUUUCUACACAGUGUUGCAUCCGCUUUACUGGGCGUCCUGCUCCUGGUGCUGGUGGCCACAUAUGUCUUUGUGGAGUUCUUUGUCAACCCCAUGCGUCUGCGCACCAACCGACACUUUGAAGUCCUGAAGAAUCACACGGAUGUGUGGUUCGUGUUCCUGCCUGCCGCCCCCGUGGAGACCCAGGCCCCUGCCAUCCUGGCCCUGGCCGCCCUGCUCAUCCUUCUGGGCCUCCUGUCCACAGCCCUCCUGGGGCACCUGCUCUGCUUCCACAUUUAUCUCAUGUGGCACAAGCUCACCACCUAUGAGUACAUCGUGCAGCACCGCCCACCACAGGAGGCCAAGGGGGUUCACAGGGAGCUCGAGUCAUGUCCUCCCAAGAUGCGGCCCAUUCAGGAGAUGGAGUUCUACAUGCGGACCUUCAGACAUAUGCGCCCAGAGCCCCCUGGCCAGGCCGGGCCAGCAGCAGUGAAUGCCAAACACUCUCGCCCUGCCUCCCCGGAUCCGACCCCAGGUAGGAGGGACUGUGCUGGGCCUCCGGUCCAGGUGGAGUGGGAUAGAAAGAAGCCUCUACCCUGGCGCUCGCCUCUGCUUCUUUUGGCGAUGUGGGGCCCUCAGGCUCCCCCGUGUCUCUGCAGAAAAAGAGGAAGAGGCGCGUGUAUAAAGUGCGAACGUCUGAGACCUCGGAUCCGGCGUCGGGGCCUAGGGCCCCCGGCCGCCGCUCCAGCUCGUCGACGGAUUCCGCGGACGACAGCCCUGUGCACGCCGCUGGCCCUGCCGGUGCCUACCACUCGGCGUCAGCAGAGUCCGUGGAAGAGAUUCCAGUGGCGCAGACGCGCCUGGGCAGCGCCGCUCUGGCCGCCCCGCGGGGCCGGGGCCGACAGCCCACGCUGGCGCGGCAGGCUCGUGCGCCCGCCGUUUUCGUGAGCCCGAGCAGCGGCGAGCCCAGGGCGCCGGGCGGCCGGGAGGCUGGUCUGGCUUAGCUGGGCCAAGAGGCCGGAGGGCCGAGUUAGAGCGGCCGGCCCGACUCUCUAUGCAACACCCCAUCCUUGCCGCACCGAGUGCACUUUAGGGGCCCCUACGGCCGGCGGGAUCGGCCUCCCUCCCCCACGACUCAGCAAUACCCGCCCCACCGGCUGUGAUGCUCCAAUAAACUUUUUUAUGCUUUUGCGGA